AUGGAGAGCAAUUCUCUCAGUGCACCCCAACAUGGGGAACAUGUGAGGAGUUCAUCAUUGAAGCGACCUCAAAGGCUUAGGACAACAGUCACCCGGGCACUCUCCAAUGAUUUGAGGACAUCUGAAGGAACAUCUGAGAAUCCUCAGGUCGAUGAUCUGCUUGAUCUGGGUGACAGCGCCUCAUCCUUUACUUUUGCAGGUGCUGUCGCGGCUGGGCGGUUGCAAGCCAGGAGAAAGGCGGCAAGAUCUGGAUCCUCAUUGAUUCGCUUGGGUUCAGCCUCAGUCAACCUGGAUGAUGAGAAUGGCGGUUUAACUACCCCAUCUGCGAGUUUGACUCCAAAUCUUUCUCCAAGAGUAUCCGUAUCCCAAGAUCCACCAGCUUUGACAAAGAGCCCCACAGGCAGCGGUUCCAAUCGAUCUUUUCGAUUUGGAGCUCGAAGGUCCCAGACGAUGCUAAUGGGAGCUCUGGGGGAUCAGGAAGCAGAGGCAAGUACAGGAAGAAAUCGUUUGAUGAUGUUGACAUCUGCGGUGACAACACUUCAGUCUAUGGUGAAGGAUAAAAGUGAAGACGUUGUUGUUGGGGAUCCAAACGAAGUGAUCCUGGAUUCCGAUGAUAGUGACGAUGAGGAGAACGAAGAAAUAGAACGAGAUUUUGUAUCAGCUCUGCAACGAGUGCAGGAUAGUGGCCGCCUAUCCCUUCAUGAAUUGAGAGUCUUUGAAAAAGAAUUGAAGCAGUCUGCCCCCAAGCUUUUCGACAACGAAUCCGACAUUGCUAUUCUUGCUGGCCUUGAGGAUGCAAAAUAUAUCGAAGCAAAGGCUGAUGAGAUCCUGUGGAGCAGAUAUUCCGAGCUGUAUUCAGGUAUUCUCUCUGUUGAGAGUCCAAUCUGCAUUGUUAUAAAUGGCCGGGUAAGCAUCGCAAAGCCAGGUAUCCCAGAAGGGGUGAAGAUGCUGAAAGGAAGUGUGAUUAACGCAGCUGAUCCAGAUGUGUUGGGCAUCGUUGCUCUGGAGCCUUGCAAGUUGCUUUAUGUCGAUUCUUCACAGGUGGAAGCGGAUAUGGAGCAUGCCAAAUCGGCUUGGAGAAAGGUGGAUUACAAUCUACGCAAGAAGCGCCCUACUAGCACCUGGCCUGACGAUCUCCUGGACGAUCUCCGGUUUUGUCUUCACCAUCUGCCCUUCUUUGAGAAUUUCGAUCUGAGAACUUUGCGGUCCAUCCUCCGCAACCUGCGCUUCCAGUGUUUGCCAAAAGGUGAGAGCUUGCCACCGCGCCCAGAGAUCUGCACCGGCAACAACACAAAUCCCACAAGUAGCAGUAACAGCCGACCUGAUCGACCUGAUCGACCGGAUCGACCGGAUCGACCCGAGUGUCACCUAGUAAUGCUGUGGGAAGGAAAAGCCGGGAAGUACAAACGAGUGCAGUCAGCAGAUGAGCAAAUGAUUUGUACUCAAAUGGAGAUGAUGAUGGCUUUGGAGGGCUUGGGACGCAAACCCUCCCCAAAGGCCGUUGCAUCCCAAAGAGAAGACAUGCCCGAGUUGGAUGAGACCGAAGUGACCGAAGCCUUGAAGCUAGAUGGCAAGGUCUAUAUCAAACGCUACGGCAAUCUCCGGCUUGGAGCUGUGCUUGGGGAGCGUGACUUGAUCGACCCUGGAGGACCAGACACUGGGCAGCCGAUCGUUCGUUGCGAAGGCCCCUGCUAUGUCUUGAGCCUUGCGAGGGCAGAUUACUUGCAUUGCCUCAAGGAGCAACAGAUGGAGCGGAUGCGGGUGAUCCACGCCCUGCGCAACGUGCCGGCCUCCCGGCCCGGCGAGCCGCACCAUCGCUCCCAAGAGCAGCUGGCGCUCUUGGCCAAGCUGGUGAGGAACACUCCAGAGCUGAAAAACUUCGACCAGGAUGCCUUGAUGCAGGUGUUGGGUGCUGCGACCUUCAUCAAUGCUGCGCCCGGCCACAUCUUGUGCCAUCAGGGUGAGGUGGGCGACCGAUUCUUUGCGAUCAUCGAGGGCAUGGUCAGCAUUCACGUUCGACCUAAGAUUGAAAUCGAAUCUGCCUUAGCAACUGCUGCAGAGUCCAAGGGCAGUGGAAGCCAAUUGAUCAAGACCAUGUUGGCCGCACUCUCCCAGCACAGGGUGGAGGAAGCCAAGAAGGAACAGGAAGCCAAGAAGGAGAAGCUGGCAGCACCAGCUCCAACUGCUUUAGGUGCUCCAACUGCUCCACUUCAAAGAUCUCCUUCCGAGCGCUCCGACGUUUCUGAUGUUUCCCGAAGUCAGAGCUUCGCUUCUGAUGCGGGGAGUGCCUCGAUCCGCUUAGCCUCACCCAGUUCGUCGUUCCGGCGAGGAGCAACAAGUCGCAAGAAUAUUGGCAAGGUGUGCUUCACAGCUGCGGAAACGCCGGAAAUGCCAGAGAUCCCGAGGCUGGAAACGCCGACUCAUCAGAUUGUGAUCGAAGCCCCAGCCCCAGCACUGGAGAAAGAGGAAAGCUUGCAGCUUUCUCCCUUCCGACAAGAGUCCCAAGAGGCAGAUGGAGAGACCAACAACAAAGAGGCACAGAGUCCAGAAAGCCCAGAAAGCCCAGAGAGUCCAGCAAGGUCUCCAUCUUCUGGGUCCAAAACGCUGAGACGAAAAAGUCUGAAGGAUCGCCUGAGAGCUGGCCUCUUUUGGUCUGGGAUCAAAAAACGUCUUUCCUCCGCUGCUCCUGUCGCGAAAGACCUGGGCAAAAUGGUGAACCGCAUGGGGCCAGGAGCUGCCUUUGGAGCCAAGACGUUGCUGAAAAAAGAUGCCCGGACUGCCUCCGUGCAGACUGUGGAGCCGACCAAAUUGCUGGUGGUGACCCGGGAGGACUAUGUAGGGCUCAUGAGUUCCAUGGAAGAGGCACGGGCACGUGAAGCUGCUGAGUUUCUGUGUCGCCAUGUGCUAAUGGUGGAAGUUCGUUCCAGUAGCAAUCGAGCCCUGGACAAUUUGCAUCCGGCACUUCGGCAGCGCAUGGCACGGACUUCCAAGGCAAUGACAAAUCACACACUGGAUCGUGGGAUGGUGCUCUUGACUCAUGACACUGAUACAUCUGACACGGUUCACAUCCUUCGCAAAGGUUCCUGGGCGUUUUGCUAUCCAAAUGAGCAACAAGGGUGUCCCAGCCGGUGGCAUCGCAGCCAAGUGGCUUCCAUGAAUGCAUCUCAAGUGGUUAGCACUCCUGGAGAACUGGUGGGCGCUCACAAAGCCUUGCUGCAUUGCAAGGAGCCUGCCACAGUGCGAGUGGAAAGUGCUAGUUGCGAGGUUUAUCGAGUACCGUGGACGGAACUCCAGCGGGUUCUCACAAGUCGUGUGCUGUCUAUGAUCAAGGACAAAUUGAGACGUUGCCAUGACUUGCGUUCUGGAGUGGCAGCAACCCGGAGCCCAAAGGACAUGCUCAGUCUUGCAGUAAGUUCCAGCAUUGUCGGUGCCGUGCCAAGCAGAGAGCAGCAGGCAGUGAAGGAUGCUCUGGAAAACGCUUUCAGCACGGCGUGCUCCUUUGCGACUGCAGGAGGUGGCGGCGGCAUCGGUGCAAGUUACAUCGAAGCCAUGAAGUCCCGUCCCAAGCGCCCGCUCUCGCAUCGACAAGCGCGCCCUGCGCUCCCUGCGCCACGAUCUAAACCGAAGGAUCAGAGCCAUCAUAGCCAUCAGAGUCCACGCGCCUUGGCAGUGGAACGAGAGGCCAAGGAGGCCAAGGAGGCCAAGGCCAGAGAGGCUAAGGCCUUCGUGGAGAACUUGGCGAAGGCCGUUGCGAAGUUGAAAGAAACGACGCAACGAGCUGAUCUCUGGGAGUCCUUACGGACUGGCGAAGCAGAUGCGUUCCACGCAGCUCCCAGUCUUCCACCACCCAUUACGAGUGAUGCUCAUGUCCGAGCACGUUUCUUCAAGGUGCUGAAAGAUGACCCGGGCUUGCUGGGCAUGGAGAAAUUCCUCAGUGAUUGUGUUCUGGAUCCGGACAAAGCCAACCUUAAUGCUUGGAUCAAGAAGUACACCAGCAGUGAGAAGCUGCGGAAGCAUUCCGAGCUGCAGUCAUUGCAAAUGAUCCUGCGCAAGCAGGACGUCCUAUGUCGAGCUCGAACCGGCAGCGGCAAGACUCUGUGCUAUGUCGUGCCACUGGUUCAGCGUUUGCUAGGAAUGGAGGCCAAAGGUUUAGCGCCUCUGAGUGGUCUCAUCUUGGUCCCAACCAAGGAACUCAUUGCUCAAGUGCACGGUGUUAUGACAUCUUUGCUUGCUUUUUGUUUUGAUGUGAUCACAGUCGACACCCUGCUCUCUGGUGAGAAGUACACCAAAGCUGAACUUCCAGUGGUGUUGGUGACCACCCCAUCAUCACUCCUGGCCCUGGUGAAGCAACGUCAGGCCAAAGGCACAAUGAGACCUCUGGCGGAAACCUUAAAAAUCCUGGUCCUGGAUGAAGCAGAUUUGAUGUUUUCCUUCGGCUACGAGGAGGAUGUAAAGGCGCUGUGUGCCCUGAUGCCGCCGAAGUACCAGGCCAUGUUGGUCUCUGCCACGUUGUCAGAAGAGGUCGAGCAGCUCAAGGGUCUGAUGCUGCAUAAGCCCGUGGUGCUGAAGUUGGAGGAGCCUCGUGUGACAGGAAAACUGUCGCAGUUCUAUUUCAUUUGCCACAAGACUGACAAGUACCUCAUUCUCUACACGCUAUUGAAGCUUCAGCUGAUUCAGGGUAAGACGCUCAUCUUUGUGAAAAGCAUUGAUGGCGCAUACCGCUUGAAGAUCCUGCUGGAGCGUUUCAGCAUCAAUGCAGUCGUCCUCAAUUCGGAACUGCCGCAUGCCAGUCGACAAAACAUCCUUGACACCUUUAACCAGGGCUUGGUGGAGCUGCUCAUCGCAACCGAUGAAGGACUUGGAGUUGCAGAUGACGAGGCAGAGGAGGAUGAGGACGACUUCGAGGAAGGAGAAGAGGAAGAGAUGGAAGAUGAUGAUGACGAGGAGAUGGCCGAAUCUCAGGCAGCUGGUCCACGCAGGUCUGCCUUGAGGAACAAGGAAGAAGACAAGGAAGACGAGGAAGACGAGGAAGACGAAGAGGAAGGUGAAGAGGAAGGUGAAGAGGAAGGAGAAGAGGAAGGAGAAGAGGAAGGAGAAGAGGAAGGAGAAGAAGAGGACAUCGAAGAAGCUGCUCCAGUUCCGGUGAAAAAAGUCAAGGAAGAGAAGCAGCAGAAGGGCCGCAAAGUCAAGGAUCAGCAGUACUCCCUCACCAGGGGAGUAGACUUGCACGGUGUCAGCACUGUGCUCAAUGCGGAUGUGCCAGAAAGUGUUCGCGAUUAUGUGCAUCGAGUUGGACGCUGUGCCCGCGGCGGUGCCAGUGGGACGGCGCUGACUCUUUGUACAUAUGAGGAAGAGCCGCAGCUUCAGAAGAUCAUUCGGGCACAGAGUGCCGCAGGUGGCACUGGGCCUCUUCAACCUCUGCCAAUGCAGAUCUCGGAUGCGGAGCGCUUUCGCUAUCGAGUUGAAGACAUGGCCAGGGGUCUGACCAAGAAGGUCUUGGCCAAAUACCGAGCACGGGAGCUUCAGCUGGAGGCGCUGCACUCUGACAAGUUGAAAGCUUACUUUGACGACCACCCCGAUGACAAGCUGGCUUUGCAGAGGAUGCAGAGGCAGCUUCGGGAGAAGAAAACAGUCAGGGCACAUUUGAAAAGCGUGCCAUCGUACCUGGUGCCAGAAGACUUCACAAGAGCCACUCCCGUGCAGAAGGCAGUACGCAGCGCCAACAAGGCCAGUGGGAAGAUCUCUGUCAACCUGAAACGGAAACGGGCAUUCAAGGCGCGGCAGCAGGAUCCCUUGACCAGAGAGAUUGGGGGCACAGAACGGCGCCGUGAUCGAUUUACCCGAGAAAAAGCAAUUGCGAAAGAUAGAAAGAUCGAUCCAACCACGGCCAACGUGGAGGCAUUGCCCGCACUUUCGCGUCACAAGCUUUGGAAGCUCCAACAUGGCAAAAGGGUGCGAAAGACGACAGAUGUCCUCGGUGAACGUCGUCGGCUUCCUUUUGGCCAGAAAAAGCGCCAGAAGAAGUUUGCUACCGAUCGAUAGCUUUGAAUCAGGAGGCGCAUGGUCUGGGCAAAUACAUAUCGUUGGAACUUGAAGAGUCCAAAGUCAUGUACAUAAGACCCGCAUGCCCUGCUGGUUUGAUCUGCUUUGACUCGUUGAGCGCGAGGAAAAGA